AUGUCUACUUUCUUCCGUGACAGUUCUCAAGAAUCAGAAUUUCAACAUGAACAACAGCUCAUUGAUAUCGUAGCGAGUCAAAUUGAUACCCCGUCAAUAGAAUCCAUCAUAGAAGCUCAGAAAGAAGGUUUGAGACGAUUUGAAAAAACUAACGAAAUGCUGACGAAUUGCAACAAAUUAAGUGAGAAACGGUUUGAAAAAGCGAAAAAAGAGUCUAUUCAACAUAAGGAAACAAUUUUACAAAUGAAAGACGAUUUAGAAUUCAUAUUUAAAAGAAUACGUUUGUUCAAAAGUAGUUUAUCGAGUAAAUAUCCCGAAAUAUACAAAACAGUAGAAGCUCAAGUGAAUGAACGCUAUCCUCAGGAAGAAGAGUAG